AUGAACGCGGAGUCAAUAUCGUCUGGCCGGUUUGUGGCUCCCAAGAUCAAAAUUCUGCCCGAAGACGUGAGGCCGUCCCACAACGUCAUGAACUCGGCUUUCAAAGUGGCGGUGAUCUCGUGGUCCACAGAACUUCUUUCUCUAAGGAACGAGUCGAUCUCGUCGAUGAAUAUGAUACAAGGUUGUAGUUUCGUUGCUAGCGAAAAUAGAGCGUCCACAAGCUUGUUGGACUCGCCGUACCAUUUGUCCAUGAUUGUAGACAUUCUGAUGGAGAUGAAGUUGGCCUUGGAUUUAGCAGCUAAAGCUUUGGCCAGCAUGGUUUUUCCGCAUCCCGGCGGACCGUACAAAAGAACUCCCUUUGGAGCUUGUAGAAGCGAGGCGUACUGGUCAAACAGCUCAGGACAAGUCAACGGCAGAAUCACAGACUCUUGUAAAUCGCUAAUAAUGUCGUCCAAACCACCCACGUCUUCAAAGGAAACACCGAUCUCUUCUGGCGGAACCACGCUGUUCAGAAUGACCUUCUCGUAUUCGGACAACGUCAGGUUGAGUCCCGGGUUGGAUCUCUUGAGUUUCUCCAGCGACAGCUUGGCUUUCUUCUUGUUCUCUUUAAGCGUUCUUGCCGGGCCUUCUUCUCCCAUGAUGUGGGUGAGCAGAUAG